AUGUGCCAGGGAUUUCUCACGCUGCGCUGCGUCAAGCAGUACCUUUUGCUUCGUCGUGGAGAAGAUCGCAAGGCCACGGCCUUCUCCGAGGAGGGAGCGGGAUCCGGCUUCAUCGCCGAGCCUGGCAGGAAUAUCUCGAAGAGCCUCUACCGGGGACACCACAAGCUCUACGAGCUGGAGCGCUUGCUGCGUGGCGAGAGACUGGUGGUUGCUCUGGUUGGGGAGGAGCGAGGCUCUGUGCUGCAGCUGCGCUCCCGGCCGUCCAGCAGCUUGGGGGAACCGCGCGCGCUCCUCGUGGAGACGGAGGCGUGGCUGCAGCCCCUCCGCGGCAGGGCGAGGGAGGCCGAGGCCACCGCAGCGUUGCUUGCCAAGGUGGAUGCGCCCGCCUUGUGUGGCUGGCUGCGCGGUGUCAGGGAGCGGCUUGCGCAGCAGGCCGCCGCGGGCGCCCCUUGGUGA